AGACUCUGGGGAGGUUAGUCACGACCUACAACUGGAUGAAACCAGAACCAGUCCAUGAUGCAUGUUCCUGACGUGGUGGGGGUUCUGCUGCUCAGCCUGUUGCUCCUCUGCACCUCUGCAGCACAUGCAGCCAAGUGUCCACAGCACUGCGUUUGUGACCAGAUCCAGCUCACUGUGGCCUGCCGCAACAAGAAUCUGACCAGUGUUCCUUCCACCGUUGACGAGAUUAUAGUCAAGCUGGAUUUUCGAGGUAAUGACCUCCAGGAAGUUCCUGCAGGUGCUUUCAAACACACUCCCUACCUGACUCACCUGUCGCUGCAGGGCUGCAACAUCCGUAGAAUUAAGGAGGGGGCUUUCCGUGGCCUCGGUCGACUAAGCUUCCUCAGCCUCGCAAACAACAACAUAGAAAUACUUUAUCAGGAGUCAUUAGAUGGCCUAACCUCGCUGAAGCAGCUCCUGAUUGAUCAUAACCGUGUGGAAGAGAUUCAGCCUGGAGCUUUCUCUCAGCUCGGCUUCCUCAACCUUCUCUCUAUCACACACAACCAACUGGUCUACAUCCCCAACUUGGCCUUCCAGGGCUUGCAGAACAUCAAGUGGCUUCGUCUGAGUCAUAACUCUCUAAACUACCUGGACAUAGAGGCCUUUGCUGGUCUGUUCACACUCACCCGACUUAGUCUGGACCACAACGAGCUGCAGUUUUUUCCCACUGAAACCAUGACAAGACUACCAGAAGUGACUCGUCUCGACCUGAGCUACAACCCCAUGACAUACCUGGGAGAAGAGGCAGUGUCUAUGGCCAAACUGACCCAGCUCUUCCUGGACCACAUGUCUCUACAAGACCUAGCCAGUACAGCUGUAUCUAAAUCCUCCAACCUAAUCUACCUAGACAUCAGCCAUAACCAGCUGCGUGUCAUCCAACCCUUUUCUGAAGGUACACCACAACUGGCACGCGUCAGUCUGGCUGGGAACCCCAUCCAGUGCAACUGUUACCUGCGCAUGUUCAGGGAGUGGGCAGUCCGUCACAAGGUAAAGCUGAUAGGAACAUGUGGAGGACCAACCAAUCUCUCAGGAGAGAGUUUGAAGGAUGUUCACCCUGCAGAGCUGCGCUGCCACAGUCAAGAAGCCAUGCUGAAGGCAGAGUUUGAGGAAGCAACCAGGAUAUCUCCACCACCAACUGAAGAGCCAAGAAACAAGAUCAGGUGCCCUGCAAACUGUGUCUGUGAGGCAGAGACGCACCAUUCUUCGUGUGAGAACCGCGGACACACCAAAGUGCCUCGAGGUUUUUCUCCUGAUACACGACUUCUUGACCUACGUGGCAACCACUUUCAUUACAUCUCUAGCAACAGCUUCCCUGGUCUUGCUCAGGUUGUCUCCCUGCACCUGCAGCGCUGCAAGAUUGUGGAGAUUGAGGGAAGAGCUUUUGAUGGGAUGAAGGGACUGAUAUACCUUUACUUAUCUGAGAAUGCCCUUACUUCCCUCAACCCUGAUGCCUUUAUAGGUCUACCUCAGCUGACAUAUCUCCACCUGGAGAAGAACCAUUUUGCCAAUUUUCCCAAAGGAUCCUUCAAACUAGUUCCCAGUCUAUUGGCUCUUCACUUAGAGAACAAUGUUAUUACCAAGCUGGAGCCUGGUAUCUUGAUGGGGUCAGAGGGUCUCAGAGCUCUUUACCUCACUGGGAAUACCGUUGAGCAUGUGUCACCCUUGUCUUUAGAUCAGGCUCGUGAUCUUGACACGCUCCAUCUGGGGGGGAACAAGCUGACGGAGGUACCCACUGAAGCUCUGAGUAGGGCAAGGAACAUUAGGGACCUCAGGCUAUCUGGCAAUUCAAUCCGCUGGGUGGACUCAAAUGCUUUUAAACCUUUGGAAAGAUCUCUGAAAGAACUGUAUCUGAAUAACAUGGGACUGGAGAAAAUGUCUGAGAACUCCCUGGCUGGAGUGGGUCCAGGCUUGAGGAGUCUCUUCCUGGAGGGCAACAAGCUGGAGGAGGUGCCUGACUUCCAGCCACUUACCUCCCUGGAAGUCAUCAACCUAGCUGACAAUCCUCUCAUGUGUGACUGUCCCCUGCUGCCACUUCGCAUGUGGAUUAAGAAAGUUAACCUCAAAGUUAGAGCUACCUGUACCAACCCUCCUGAACUUAGAGGUCGACGAGUCAAAGAUGUCCACAUUUUCAAGGCCUGCCCUGGAGGAGAGAGUCUCCAGUCCCCACCUACUGGAGUCCUGAAUUCAUCCAAGGCAAACAAGCUCAAACAAACAAACCCAACUGGUCAAAAAGCCAAAAAACCAAAAGCCAAAAUCAAACUUUACAAAAACCUCUAUACAAAACGAGCAACUUCAAAGAAAAACACAAAAGUCACAAACAAACAAAGCAUGGCUUAA